AUGAAGCUUAGCAGUACCGUUUGGGCCCUAGGGUCUUUAUGGCAAGCGUCGGCGCAACUCCAGGCCCCCGAUAGCUCCAGUGAUGGAAAUUCUGGGAUUCCUGCCCGGGAUUCGACUGAAGCCUUGAACAAAAGGUACAUCAAAUUUGAUUUUAACAAGCUGAGAGGUGACUCUCCCGAUACAGCCGAGGCAGGAGCUCCAGGAAAGGCCAAACUGGUCAAAAGAAAUGAUGGAACAGCUUUGGUGUAUCUUAAAAAUGAGCAAACUUUUUACUCUGUGAACAUCGGUGUCGGUACGCCUGAGCAAAACCAGACUUUGCUUAUCGACACUGGAUCCUCGGAUCUGUGGCUAAUGGGAUCCAACAACCCAUAUUGUGCCUCAUCGUCGUCUAAGAAGAAUGUCGAAGUCAACUACGAAGAAAAGGAUCUCUUCAGUUUGCUCUCGUCCCUCACGGCGGAACUCACCACCGUUACACAAGUUACCGGAACCCAGCAGACCCCAACUUCGAUUUCCUCGGGAGAUGCCACGCUCUCGUGCUCCCAGUAUGGUACCUUUGCCACCGACUCGUCAUCGAGUUUCAAGUCCAAUAACUCCGAGUUUUACAUCUCCUACGGUGACGGUACCUACGCAUUGGGAGUUUGGGGCUCCGACAAAGUCACUUUGCAGGACGUACAAAUUCCAAGGGUCAAUUUUGCCGUUGCCAACGAAAGUACAUCGGAAUUUGGAGUCAUGGGUAUCGGUAUGGAAGAUUUGGAAUCUACAAACACACUUUCUGAAGAACGCCAUACGUAUGUCAACUUCCCCUCUGCGCUCGUGUUGCAAGGCGAUAUUCAUACCAGAGCUUUCUCGCUGUACUUGAAUAAGCUCGAAGAAACACAAGGAUCCAUUUUGUUUGGCGGCGUGGACCACAGCAAGUACAGUGGAUCUCUUUACACAAUACCCAUCAUCAACACCUAUAAAAAUCAGGGAUACGCCAACCCUAUCAGAUUCGAAAUCACAUUACAGGGUAUGGGGCUGAAUGCUAAUGAUACUCAAAAGACGUAUACUACAACCAAGAUCCCAGUUGUUUUGGACUCGGGCUCUACUCUCAGCUAUCUACCAGCCUCUCUAGUGAGCGCCGUGGCUUCGAGUUUGGGUGCCACUUACAGUUCAUCAAGCGAGCUUUACCUAUUUGAUUGUUCUAAAGUUAGCAACGAUGAUUCCUUCGUUUUCGAUUUCGGUGGAUUUCAAAUAGAGAGCAGUUUGGCCAACUAUAUCUUGCAGACCAGUGAUAAGUCUCAGUGCGCUUUGGGGAUGAUUCCGCAAACUUCGGGCAGUUUUAUUCUUGGCGACAACUUCCUCACAGCUGCCUACGUCGUGUACGAUAUCGACAACAUGCAAAUUUCCAUGGCUCAAGCCAACUACAAUGGCGGUGCGGAAGAUGUGGAAGUGAUUUCGAGCUCGGUGCCCAGCGCUACCAAUGCUCCGAUGUAUUCGUCGACUUUUUCGUCCACCGCUUCAGUUGUAACGGGUGGUAAUAUAUUUACUCUGUCGUCGAAUGGAGCCGUUCAGACAAGUGGUGGCUCAAAUAGCACAUCCAGUAGCAGAUCUGGUUCCGGCUCUGGAUCAAAAUCCAGUUCGGGCGCAAGUUCCACUGGUGGGUCGUCCGGCGGCAAAAAGAACGCAGCCGUAGGUGUUUCUGUGCCCAGUCAUGGACUUAUUAGCUUUUUGGUCACAGCGAGCAUUGGUCUUGUCGCUGGCCUUUUAUGA